CAUCAGAGCAUCAUUCGGCUCCUGGGUACAUCAUCAUAACACGGUAAGGAAAUUGAAUAAAGAAUAAGUUAAAUACGAAUCAAAUAGACUAAAUACUUAGGAUAACUAUUAUCAAUCAACCUUAUUCAAUAAUCUUCUUUGAGUUAAUGUCAUAUAAAAUUGUUUACAAUAUUAUUAUUUUGUACCCCCCCCCAAAAAAGCAAAAGAGAUGUUAACUGAGAAAUAUGAGUAUAAUAUUUAAUGUUGAUGUUGUUCGUGUGAAAAACUGCUGUGAGACUGCACAGGAAGCAACUGUAUGCAUAUGUCAGAUGUUUUGAGGCUUCCGCUCUUCUUGAGGUCAGACAGUCUGCAAGGCUAGUGUUCUGCUUUCUGUCUUUAAAGCCUUUUAGUCUGUACUGAUAUCUAUUGACAAUUUACAGCUGAAUUAAAGGACCAGGACUGAACCAGACUCCGAUGAACACUUUGUGGGGACUAUAAUAGCAAAUUAUUUCUACCAGAUAAUUUCUACCAUAAAACAUCAGGAAGUCUAAACUCUUUUUGUAUGGUAAGAGAAUGGAAACAUAUAAUACAUACAAUAUUUGUUCAAGUAAUUUUUGGUGAAAUAUCUCUUUUUUACUAAUCAUCUUGACAAACAUAUACAGACAGUAUAUAGACUAGACUCUAUGCCUACUACUAAGAUGUAUAAUAACCGCUCUAUUACCUGAAGCAAUCAUGAAGGUGGCAUCCUUCAAUGUCAGAAGAUUGGGCACAAGCAAAGUGGCUGAUAAGAAUGUCCUGAAAUAUCUCAUCAAGGUGAUUAUCCUGUCAUUCUUCUGGAAAUAUUCUCUAUUCAACUUAUUUUUCAACACUGAGUCUGUCAUUCCAUUCUAUUUAAUUCAUUCCAUUCCAUUCUAUUUAAUUCAUUCCAUUCCAUUCUAUUUAAUUCAUUCCAUUUUAUUUAAUUCAUUCCAUUCUAUUUAAUUCCUUCCAUUCCAUUUUAUUUAAUUCAUUCCAUUCCAUUCUAUUUAAUUCAUUCCAUUUUAUUUAAUUCAUUCCAUUCUAUUUAAUUCCUUCCAUUCCAUUUUAUUUAAUUCAUUCCAUUCCAUUCUAUUUAAUUCAUUCCAUUCCAUUCUAUUUAAUUCAUUCCAUUCCAUUCUAUUUAAUUCAUUCCAUUCCAUUCUAUUUAAUUCCUUCCAUUCCAUUAUAUUUAAUUCAUUCCAUUCCAUUAUAUUUAAUUCAUUCCAUUCUAUUUAAUUCAUUCCAUUCCAUUCUAUUUAAUUCAUUCCAUUCCAUUAUAUUUAAUUCAUUCCAUUCCAUUAUAUUUAAUUCAUUCCAUUCCAUUCUAUUUAAUCCAUUGCAUUCCAUUUUAUUCCAUAUGUCCAGAUUGUGUCCCGCUACAGUGUCUUAUUGAUCCUAGAAGUGGUUGAUAGGACUGGCCAGGCCAUGACAACGUUCCUUAGGGAGCUGAAUGACACAAGGUUUGCUACCAUGAAGUAUUUUCUUCAUCUCUGUUCUAAAAUAUACAACAAUACCUGAAUCCCGAGCAAUUCUCCUGUAUACAUGUCAUAUAUCCACAUCUAUAUAAUACACUGAUUAACACCUUACUGGGCUCCCGAGUGGCGGUAGCGGUCUAAGGCACUGCAUCUCAGUGCUUGAGGCGUCACUACAGACCCCCUGGUUCGAUUCCAGGCUGUAUCACAACUGGCCGUAAUUGGGAGUCCCAUUGGGCGGCGCACAAUUGGCCCAGCGUCGUCCGGGUUUGGCCGGUGUAGGCCGUCGUUGUAAAUAAGAAUUUGUUCUUAACUGACUUGCCUAGUUAAAUAAAGGUAAAAUAAAAUAAAUGCCACUGAAGAAAAAGGCAUCAUGUGUUAUAUCCUUUUGGCAGGGCCAACAGGAAGCAUCCUUACACCAUGGUUAAAAGUACCAGACUGGGCCGAGACACCUACAAGGAACAGUUUGUCUUCCUCUACAGGUACCGACACAAUGUGUUGUUAGACAACACAAUCAGAUUUCACUUACAUUGAGGCUUAUCUAAGACCUGAAAUUAACUGAUCUAGAAUAAGUUGAGCCUUUUUAGAUAAUUAAUGAACAAGUGUACAUAAACAGCGGGGACCUGAUCCUACUCAGGGAAACGUUAUGAAUACGGGCCCUGUAGAUAAACGUGAUCAGCUGUAAGAUGAUGGAUGCCUCAUGUAUGUUGGUGACAGAGAGGACCAUGUGAAGCUGACUGACAGCUAUCAGUAUGAGGACACCCAGGUGGGAGACGAGGACGCCUUCGCCAGAGAGCCCUACAUCCUCCGUUUCACCUGUCUCAAUACAGGUAGUAUUAUAGUCAUGCCUUCACUAGAGAGUCCUGUUUCACCUGUCUCAAUACAGGUAGUAUUAUAGUCAUGCCUUCACUAGAGAGUCCUGUUUCACCUGUCCCAAUACAGGUGGUAUUAUAGUCAUGCCUUCACUAGAGAGUCCUGUUUCACCUGUCUCAAUACAGGUAGUAUUAUAGUCAUGCCUUCACUAGAGAGUCCUGUUUCACCUGUCUCAAUACAGGUAGUAUUAUAGUCAUGCCUUCACUAGAGAGUCCUGUUUCACCUGUCUCAAUACAGGUAGUAUUAUAGUCAUGUCUUCACUAGAGAGUCCUGUUUCACCUGUCUCAAUACAGGUAGUUUUAUAGUCAUGCCUUCACUAGAGAGUCCUGUUUCACCUGUCUCAAUACAGGUAGUAUUAUAGUCAUGUCUUCACUAGAGAGUCCUGUUUCACCUGUCUCAAUACAGGUAGUAUUAUAGUCAUGCCUUCACUAGAGAGUCCUGUUUCACCUGUCUCAAUACAGGUAGUAUUAUAGUCAUGCCUUCACUAGAGAGUCCUGUUUCACCUGUCUCAAUACAGGUAGUAUUAUAGUCAUGCCUUCACUAGAGAGUCCUGUUUCACCUGUCUCAAUACAGGUAGUAUUAUAGUCAUGCCUUCACUAGAGAGUCCUGUUUCACCUGUCUCAAUACAGGUAGUAUUAUAGUCAUGUCUUCACUAGAGAGUCCUGUUUCACCUGUCUCAAUACAGGUAGUAUUAUAGUCAUGCCUUCACUAGAGAGUCCUGUUUCACCUGUCUCAAUACAGGUAGUAUUAUAGUCAUGCCUUCACUAGAGAGUCCUGUUUCACCUGUCUCAAUACAGGUAGUAUUAUAGUCAUGCCUUCACUAGAGAGUCCUGUUUCACCUGUCUCAAUACAGGUAGUAUUAUAGUCAUGCCUUCACUAGAGAGUCCUGUUUCACCUGUCUCAAUACAGGUAGUAUUAUAGUCAUGCCUUCACUAGAGAGUCCUGUUUCACCUGUCUCAAUACAGGUAGUAUUAUAGUCAUGCCUUCACUAGAGAGUCCUGUUUCACCUGUCUCAAUACAGGUAGUAUUAUAGUCAUGCCUUCACUAGAGAGUCCUGUUUCACCUGUCUCAAUACAGGUAGUAUUAUAGUCAUGCCUUCACUAGAGAGUCCUGUUUCACCUGUCCCAAUACAGGUAGUAUUAUAGUCAUGCCUUCACUAGAGAGUCCUGUUUCACCUGUCUCAAUACAGGUAGUAUUAUAGUCAUGUCUUCACUAGAGAGUCCUGUUUCACCUGUCUCAAUACAGGUAGUAGUAUAGUCAUGCCUUCACUAGAGAGUCCUGUUUCACCUGUCUCAAUACAGGUAGUAUUAUAGUCAUGCCUUCACUAGAGAGUCCUGUUUCACCUGUCUCAAUACAGGUAGUAUUAUAGUCAUGCCUUCACUAGAGAGUCCUGUUUCACCUGUCUCAAUACAGGUAGUAUUAUAGUCAUGCCUUCACUAGAGAGUCCUGUUUCACCUGUCUCAAUACAGGUAGUAUUAUAGUCAUGCCUUCACUAGAGAGUCCUGUUUCACCUGUCUCAAUACAGGUAGUAUUAUAGUCAUGCCUUCACUAGAGAGUCCUGUUUCACCUGUCUCAAUACAGGUAGUAUUAUAGUCAUGUCUUCACUAGAGAGUCCUGUUUCACCUGUCUCAAUACAGGUAGUAGUAUAGUCAUGCCUUCACUAGAGAGUCCUGUUUCACCUGUCUCAAUACAGGUAGUAUUAUAGUCAUGCCUUCACUAGAGAGUCCUGUUUCACCUGUCUCAAUACAGGUAGUCUAUAGUCAUGCCUUCACUAGAGAGUCCUGUUUCACCUGUCUCAAUACAGGUAGUAUUAUAGUCAUGCCUUCACUAGAGAGUCCUGUUUCACCUGUCUCAAUACAGGUAGUAUUAUAGUCAUGCCUUCACUAGAGAGUCCUGUUUCACCUGUCUCAAUACAGGUAGUAUUAUAGUCAUGCCUUCACUAGAGAGUCCUGUUUCACCUGUCCCAAUACAGGUAGUAUUAUAGUCAUGCCUUCACUAGAGAGUCCUGUUUCACCUGUCUCAAUACAGGUAGUAUUAUAGUCAUGCCUUCACUAGAUAGUCCUGUUUCACCUGUCUCAAUACAGGUAGUAUUAUAGUCAUGCCUUCACUAGAGAGUCCUGUUUCACCUGUCUCAAUACAGGUAGUAUUAUAGUCAUGCCUUCACUAGAGAGUCCUGUUUCACCUGUCUCAAUACAGGUAGUAUUAUAGUCAUGCCUUCACUAGAGAGUCCUGUUUCACCUGUCCCAAUACAGGUAGUAUUAUAGUCAUGCCUUCACUAGAGAGUCCUGUUUCACCUGUCUCAAUACAGGUAGUAUUAUAGUCAUGUCUUCACUAGAGAGUCCUGUUUCACCUGUCUCAAUACAGGUAGUAGUAUAGUCAUGCCUUCACUAGAGAGUCCUGUUUCACCUGUCUCAAUACAGGUAGUAUUAUAGUCAUGCCUUCACUAGAGAGUCCUGUUUCACCUGUCUCAAUACAGGUAGUAUUAUAGUCAUGCCUUCACUAGAGAGUCCUGUUUCACCUGUCUCAAUACAGGUAGUAUUAUAGUCAUGCCUUCACUAGAGAGUCCUGUUUCACCUGUCUCAAUACAGGUAGUAUUAUAGUCAUGCCUUCACUAGAGAGUCCUGUUUCACCUGUCUCAAUACAGGUAGUAUUAUAGUCAUGCCUUCACUAGAGAGUCCUGUUUCACCUGUCUCAAUACAGGUAGUAUUAUAGUCAUGUCUUCACUAGAGAGUCCUGUUUCACCUGUCUCAAUACAGGUAGUAGUAUAGUCAUGCCUUCACUAGAGAGUCCUGUUUUACCUGUCUCAAUACAGGUAGUAUUAUAGUCAUGCCUUCACUAGAGAGUCCUGUUUCACCUGUCUCAAUACAGGUAGUCUAUAGUCAUGCCUUCACUAGAGAGUCCUGUUUCACCUGUCUCAAUACAGGUAGUAUUAUAGUCAUGCCUUCACUAGAGAGUCCUGUUUCACCUGUCUCAAUACAGGUAGUAUUAUAGUCAUGCCUUCACUAGAGAGUCCUGUUUCACCUGUCUCAAUACAGGUAGUAUUAUAGUCAUGCCUUCACUAGAGAGUCCUGUUUCACCUGUCCCAAUACAGGUAGUAUUAUAGUCAUGCCUUCACUAGAGAGUCCUGUUUCACCUGUCUCAAUACAGGUAGUAUUAUAGUCAUGCCUUCACUAGAUAGUCCUGUUUCACCUGUCUCAAUACAGGUAGUAUUAUAGUCAUGCCUUCACUAGAGAGUCCUGUUUCACCUGUCUCAAUACAGGUAGUAUUAUAGUCAUGCCUUCACUAGAGAGUCCUGUUUCACCUGUCUCAAUACAGGUAGUAUUAUAGUCAUGCCUUCACUAGAGAGUCCUGUUUCACCUGUCCCAAUACAGGUAGUAUUAUAGUCAUGCCUUCACUAGAGAGUCCUGUUUCACCUGUCUCAAUACAGGUAGUAUUAUAGUCAUGUCUUCACUAGAGAGUCCUGUUUCACCUGUCUCAAUACAGGUAGUAGUAUAGUCAUGCCUUCACUAGAGAGUCCUGUUUCACCUGUCUCAAUACAGGUAGUAUUAUAGUCAUGCCUUCACGUACGUUAUCAUUAAUUUUCAUCUAUCCUCUUUAGUUCCUAUUAUUAGGGCCCUGAGUUCCUACUGACUAUGUGACCUGAUAAAGGGAAGCUCUGAGGCCUAGUUAUAGCAUGCAUCGUUUUUUUCUGAUCAGGUUAUGUGGUCAGGAUCAACUCCUAACCCCUACUAUGGUACCUACUCCAGACUGUUCACAGUAGACCUGGAGUUGUGUUCCAGGCCAUUACAUACAGGAUAUGACAUGAUUGCUUUAUAUCCUACAGUGCUGAAAGACCUCGUGUUGAUCCCGGUGCACACCAAGCCUGAAGACUCUGUGAAGGAACUGGACGAGCUGUACGACGUCGUCAAAGUAGUGAAGAGAAAAUGGAAGACUGAUGUAGGUUUACUAACUAGUGCACACACUUCUUAUUUUGAAAGUUAAAGUUCACUGACACUUUAUUUUAAGGUACAAAUAGUAGCCACACAUUUGUAGUUUAUAAGUGUGUAUAUAAGUAACUAAUAAGGUCUUUAUUGUGUCUUAUUAUCCAUAUAUUAGACCUUAAUUAAAUGUUUUCUUAUUCAAACAUUGUCAUGUGCUACUGGAAAAUCCUUAAUAACCUCCUUUUAAGCCAUAAUAAAGACAUAUUAGUAUUUAAUAAAGAGCGAGUUACACAGGAACAAUAUUCUUAGUAAGCUGUCUCAGUGUAGGACUAAUAACAACAUAGUACAUAAUAUGUGUUCCCUAUUCUAAGAUGUAACCGAAGAUAACACUUUAGAAUAGGGAACACAUUGAGGUACUAUGCCAUUAGUUCCACAUUGAGACCUCUUACCAAGAGUCUGUUUCUUGUGUAACUCGCUCUUUAUUACAUACUUUAUUAUGGCUAACGAUGAGGUUAUUAAGUAACACAUGACUUAUACUGUUUGAAUAAGAAAACUGUUAAUUAAGGUCUAACGUAUGACAUAAUAAAGGACUCAUUAACUACAUAUAUAUACACACUUAUAAACUACACAUUAAUGGCUAACACGCACCUUAAAAUAAAGUGCUAUCCCCUCUUUUUUUUUAUCACAACAUUAUAUAAUUGUUGAUAGCAUUUAGCUUAAAAAUAAAGAGAAUAUAGAAGUACUUUAGUGUGGUAUCACUGUUUGUGUCUCUGGCAGAACAUCAUGAUCCUGGGCGAUUUCAACGCGGAUGGAAGUUAUGUCACCAAGAGAGGCAUGACAAAUAUCCGUAUCCGUAGUGACAAGAAAUUCAACUGGGUGAUUGGAGAUGAUGUGGACACCACGGCCAACACAGGCAACGACCACACAUACGACAGGUAG